AUGUCGACGAGCAGUUCUCCAAUGCAAUCGAUCUACGAGGAGGAUCUGGAGGAGGUGAAUUCGUCACUGAGAGGCUGUGACGAACUCGACGGUGACGACGAUGGAAGGGAUGAUGACUUCGAUGGAGUCAGCGAUGACAAAUCUGAGCUCAUCGGUUCAAGCGAUGUUGAAAUCGUUGGGGAAGAUGCCGGUCCAAGAGGUAGAUCAGUUUUCUGGUUCGUCGAAUCCUUCUCAGGGAGCUUUGAAGAAGUGGUACGCGUGGGUGAUGCGUCGUGGUGGUUUCCAAAAUUGGAAGGAUUUUAUCAACAGGAUGUUGGUGCUUUUUUGGAAUCUAUUGAUGACGAACCAGCUACACGGUUGUUUGCUAUCAAGCAAACAGGGACAGUGGCUGAGUACGUUUUUGAGUUUGAGGAGUUGUCUGCGCAGGUUCUUGGGUUGGAAUAUCGCCAUUUGGAGCGCAUUUUCUAUAAUGGCUUAUCAUUGGAGAUGAAGGAGGUGAUUAGGAUGAAGGAUCCUCAGGGGCUUUCUAAUUACAUUGCUGCCGUGUUACGAAUGGAGACAAGCGCCUUUUGUAAGGUGGUUGGUGAUGCUAAGGGUUUGGAGGAACGUUUGAGUACUAAGAAACAAAGUGGAAGACGAAGUUAUGGUGGAGGUUCGUUUGGCAGAAGUAAUGAGAAGCUGCAAAGUGAUGCAUGCGUGUUGAAGGAGAAUGUACCUCCGCAAAGGGCGUUACAGAAGGCUCGUCAGCAUUACACUGAUGCAGAAUUGGACGCCUUGAGGAGAGACAAAAUGUGUUUCACGUGUAAAGCUCCUUGGUCACGAACCCAUGAUUGUCCUAAUAAGAAGAUGCGCGUGUUAACAGUCAUUAACGGAUGUGAAAUGGAGGUGUUAGAACAACCUGAUUACGAGUUGGAAGAGAUUAUUUUGGGUGGAGAUCAACAGCUUAUGACUCUUUCGUUCAACUCUUUUGUGGGACUGGAGUCACCUAAGACAACGAAGUUACGAGGCCUUAUUAAUCAGAGAAAGGUUAUUGUGAUGAUUGAUAGUGGAGCAUCACAUAACUUUAUCUCACCAGCAGUGGUCAGUAGGUUGCAUUUGAAGGUUUCGGUGGAUAAGAAGUUGGAAGUGUUGUUGGGUAAUGGGGUGCAAGUGAACGCACUGGGAGUAUGUAAAGCAGUAACAUUUCAGCUUCAGUCUACGGAUUUUGUUACUGACUUCAUUACAUUGGAGUUGGGAUCUGUGGAUGUUAUCUUGGGAGUGCAGUGGUUGGAGACGUUGGGAAGAUGUGAAGAUGUGAAGUGGAUUGGCGGCAUCAGGAGUUUUCCUUUGUUUAUCAAGUCAAUUCCCUCUGUUUUGAUUGAGAGUAAACCGGAGGAGAUCGUAGUGUUGGCAUCUACUGAGGGUUCUUCUCGCGUAGCUGGGGUUCCUAACUUGGUUCCUGCUUUGUUGCAGCAAUUCACUGAUGUUUUUUCCGUCCCUACGUCACUACCGCCACUAAGGGGAACAGAACAUGCUAUCAUAUUGGUGCCAGGAGUGUCUGCAGUGUCUGUUUUGCCUUACCCGUACCCUCACGCUCGUAAGUUGAUAAUGGAGGAGAUGGUGACUGAGAUGUUACGAUUUGGAAUUAUUCGUCCAAGUGAGAGCCCUUUCUCGAGCCCGGUGCUGUUAGUAAAGAAGAAGGAUGGUACAUUCCGAUUUUGUGUGGACUAUAGAGCUCUCAACAGAGCCACAGUUCCCAACAAAUAUCCAAUUCCAGUUAUCGACCAAUUACUAGACGAGUUGCACAGGGCUUCUGUCUUUUCUAAACUGGAUUUGCGCUCUGGUCACCAUCAGAUAAGAAUGCGAGAAGAAGAUAUCAAGAAGACUGCCUUCAGGACGUUUGAAGGGCAUUAUUGA